AUGGCCUACAUUAACGGUACUUGUUCGUACAGCGUGGAAAUUACAAUAGGAUUCACGUCCAGUCCAUCCGUGUUUUCGUCUGCGUCACGGUUGGUUACGGAGGAUCCUCAGUCGGGAACCGCAGAUGCACCCACGACUUUCUGGGCUCGAGCUGGGCCCUUACUGUACCAUGGCCAUGGCAAGCAAUUCGUGAUAGCCUCAGAUGAAACCUUUCAGCUCGGUGUGGGCACUACCCAAAACCCUUUCAAAGGCAAGCUUGUAUUGCAAUACUACGUAUCGUCAUCUGACUUCGUGAGACUUGAAGCCCGAACUACACUUGGGUACGGUAUUAUCCUCGAUGACUCACACCAAGACGUUGGUGAACUCAAAGGAAAGGCACUGCGCCCUGUUGUGCGCGUGAGACAUAGAUAUUCCGACACCGCCUCCCUAUAUAUCUCCGCCAAUUUUGGGCAAUAUUGCUUCGCCUUCGACUCAGGCUUUCGAUCUAUGACGGAGCAUUAUUUCGCCACACGGCGAAGGAAUUUUUUGGACAGUGCUAGGUUGUUGCCCAGCGAAAUUAUUAUCAUUAUAGCUGCCUUUGCUGCGGAUGCUGCAAGAGACCUUGAGCAGGCUUGCCAUGGUCUGUUGGACGUGGGCAUGGAUAUGCCGCCCUACCAUGUUCGAGCGUAUCCACAUCGGAAACGUAACUCAGCUUCGCAGAUUGUACGAUAUAUCUAG